GCCGCGCGUGCGCCUUGCUCGUGGUCCUCAAGCAGGAACUCCGUUAAGUGUAGUAAAGAUGGCAAUGAAGGCGAUCAGAGGAAUAGUCGACGGAGCCAUGACCGAGCUUUCUUCAGCUGUCAGUGGGACUAAAGCUGCCAUGACUCGUGAACACGUACAAGCCGUCAGCCGAGACUACAUAUCACAGCCGCGACUCACUUAUAAAACAGUGUCUGGUGUCAAUGGUCCUCUGGUUAUUUUGGAUCAUGUGAAGUUCCCCAGGUAUGCAGAGAUUGUCCACCUGACCCUUCCUGAUGGCACAAAAAGAAGUGGACAGGUACUGGAGGUCAGCGGGUCCAAGGCAGUGGUGCAGGUCUUUGAAGGAACCUCUGGUAUUGAUGCCCAAAAGACAAGCUGUGAAUUUACCGGUGAUAUCUUGCGCACACCUGUAUCAGAAGACAUGCUGGGUCGUGUUUUCAACGGGUCAGGAAAACCCAUCGACAGGGGGCCCAUGGUCUUGGCCGAAGACUAUCUGGACAUCAUGGGGCAGCCUAUUAACCCACAGUGCCGAAUAUACCCAGAGGAGAUGAUCCAGACCGGCAUAUCCGCCAUUGAUGGCAUGAACAGCAUCGCCAGAGGACAAAAGAUCCCCAUCUUCUCUGCUGCUGGUUUGCCACACAAUGAGAUUGCUGCACAGAUCUGCCGCCAGGCUGGUCUGGUGAAGAAAUCCAAAGAUGUGAUGGAUUACAGUGCAGACAACUUUGCCAUUGUGUUUGCCGCUAUGGGGGUUAACAUGGAAACUGCUAGGUUCUUCAAGUCUGACUUUGAGGAGAAUGGAUCUAUGGACAAUGUGUGUCUCUUCCUUAACUUGGCCAAUGACCCCACGAUUGAGCGAAUCAUCACCCCUCGUCUAGCCCUCACUACUGCCGAGUUCCUGGCCUACCAGUGUGAGAAGCACGUGCUGGUCAUUCUCACCGACAUGAGCUCCUACGCCGAGGCUCUCCGAGAGGUGUCUGCGGCCAGGGAGGAGGUGCCCGGCCGACGUGGUUUCCCAGGCUACAUGUACACAGACCUGGCCACCAUCUACGAGAGAGCCGGCCGCGUGGAGGGUCGCAAUGGCUCCAUUACCCAGAUCCCCAUCCUCACCAUGCCCAACGACGAUAUCACUCACCCUAUCCCAGAUCUGACUGGCUACAUCACAGAGGGCCAGAUCUAUGUGGAAAGACAACUGCAUAACCGACAGAUCUACCCCCCUAUCAAUGUGCUGCCCUCUCUGUCCCGGCUGAUGAAGUCCGCCAUCGGAGAAGGGAUGACUCGGAAGGACCAUGCCGAUGUGUCCAACCAGCUGUAUGCCUGCUAUGCCAUCGGGAAGGAUGUGCAGGCCAUGAAAGCUGUAGUGGGAGAAGAAGCUCUGACAUCUGAUGACCUGCUAUACCUGGAGUUCCUGCAGAAGUUUGAGAAAAACUUCAUUGCUCAGGGUGCUUAUGAGAACCGCACCGUGUUUGAGACCCUGGACAUAGGCUGGCAGCUUUUGAGAAUUUUCCCUAAGGAGAUGCUGAAGAGAAUCCCUCAGAGCACCUUGGCCGAGUUCUACCCACGAGACUCCAAACACUAGCCCCUCCCCUUUUCGUCUGUCACGCCUUCAUUGUGUUAUUUAAGCAACUUUAAAAAUAUAGCGCAAGUAACUGGUGUUUCUACUUGGUUGUGCCUCAACAGAGUUCAUAGUACCUGUGCUAUGGUGUAUAUAUCUAGUGAGAAAGGCAGGCAAUUGUUAGACGUUGAUUGUUAGACAGUAGGUGCUUUCAAAGGCAACUGGAACAUGUAGGCCAGGCCAGAGCCUUUUGUGUUGUGCAUGUGUUGUGCCCAAAGGUCAGUUUAUCAGUCAGUAAAGCUAUAUCCUGUGAGAAAUGUAAUUUUGCUGUGCAGCCACACAAACACAAGACAACAGAAGGAAUUUAAAAGGUUAAAAUUGAAGAAGACACCCAUGAAUUUGGCAAAAUCCACAUAAACACACAAACAAUUGUUGCUGCCAUACCUUGGUCAAAGGUAUGCUCUGCUCAGUAUCCUUAACUGGGAAGACCUGUGUGAAGUGGGCAGUGAAUUAAAUACAAUAAGUGGUGAAUGAAUAUGACCAAAGAUGUCAAAAGCCACAUUUGACUUUUACAUUUUUCUGAUAAUUUAUGGAUUGUGGCAAUGGGUAAACACCAGUGCACAAAGCACAAAUUAUGUUUUUCUGUUAUAGAAGAAUGAAGCUAAAUGAUAUCAUACCAGUAGUGACUAUUUGUUUAUCAGUGAAGGUUAUGUUUUGCCAAUUAAUUGAAUGAGAAUGUAAGCCAUAUGUUGGCUGUUCAUAACUUAACAUAGAGAUGCGUAUUGCAUCUGUAAGAAAACGCUCCACUAACAGCAGAUGUCAGGCCAAGAUACUUGUGGGGGAAAAAAUGUACUAUUUUGAUCGAGACUAAAUUCAAAAUGGCCGAAGUACACAAGCCAUUUCAGAAACAAGGAAUGUUCAUACAAAUGCACACAGUAACAUUUUUUGUGAAAUAAUGACAAUAGUAUGGCAAAAAAUGUGAAAUUAAGCACUUUUUUCAUUUCUACUACAGCAAGUGAAGGCAGUGUUGUUUCCUGAUGCCAGAUUACAGGAAUCAUUAAUUGUGGAUGCCUUUUCUAUUUAUAUUAUUGGCUUUCAGGAAGUUAAAUAUUAUCAUCACCAAUAGUUAUGGAGAGGGAUGAAUGCUAUGUGCACAUCAUCAAACUUGCUUGUGCAUAAUAAAGGUCAACACCUUUAUGAGACAAUGUAAAAGAAUGUUUUGCAGAAUUGUUCAUUUUUCUAGUUUCACUAUUUUGGAGUAAGAAAAUUGGUUAAUUUAGUGGCCACAUUGAAACGGAUGAGCCAUGCAGAUGAUUCAAAGAUUAGGAAAUGCAUGUUUCAUUCAUAAACAGACACACAAGAACAGACUUGUUUACCUGCUUUUUCAAAAACUUCAUGAUAUACACCUUUCAUGUGAAGAAUCAUAACAUUGUUUACAAAUAAGGGUGAUUGAAAAUGUACACCCUUAAAGAGUGUGGGAAGACUUUGAAUUUUCAGUGUUGCCAUUAGUAUUACAUUAAUUUCCUGUCUUAUCGAUGCUUUAAAGCAUGCUUCCUUAGAAGUCCUGUUGUAAAAUAAGUGUCCGAGUGCCAUUUGUUCAUUCCACAUUUUGUAGUGACAACAGGGAUAUAUGAAUUGGUUAUCAUUGUUGCUUUAAAUGAUAUUGCUUCGUCAAACCGUCUGUAAACCUGCCAUCGGUAGUCUGAAUUUAUUUGUGGAAUAAAUAAGACUUCUGACAAUGAAA